CGCAUAUCAGGGGAGGUGCAUCCCACCGCUAACUUGACUUGCUCCUGCAGACAAGAACUCUUGCAGUGGCUCAACAGCCUCUGCUCGCUCAACNNCCUCACUCGUGUCGAGCAAUGUGGUACUNNGGUGCGCCCUUCUGCGCAAUCUACGACAGCAUCUUCCUUUAACGCAAGCGCCGACUAUGCCUACCUGGACAACUUCAAGAUUCUCAGCAAUGCCUUCCGCAAGCACCACAUCGACCGUCCCAUCCCUGUCGAAAUGCUAGUUAAAUGCAAGAUGCAGGACAACCUGGAGUUCCUGCAAUGGACAAAGCGCUUCUGGGACCAGCACUACCCUGGUACGUCUGCCCUUCUUGACGGAUACAUAAACGAGCAUAUAUUAAUCUUUCACAACUACNNAGGCGGUGACUAUGACGCUCUGGCUCGCAGAAAAGGUCAAGCUGUCGGCUCGGCUCCUGCACCUACACCCCGAUCAUCCACUACAAGACGUGCACCCGCAGUCGCUGCAACCUCCGCUGGCGCCAGAACACGCACCCCUCUGGGAGGCUCAGGAGGUGCCCAGACCGCCGCUUUGACACAGGAGAACAACGCACUUAAGGAGACUGUUCAGGGUCUGGAACGCGAGCGUGACUUCUACUUCAGCAAGCUCCGGGAUAUCGAGUUGCUCGUCCAGGGCGCCAUGGAGGCCGAGCCCGAGCUCGAGAAGGAUGAGGGUGGUCUUCUGAAGCAAAUACAGACUAUUCUCUACUCUACUGAGGGCUUUGAGAUCCCUGCCGAGGCCGAGGAUGAGGAGGGCGAGUUGAUCGAGGAGGAGACUUUUUAA